AUGUUCAAAAGCGGAGUGUGGAACGUCUACAAAAAAGCCAAGACCUCAUCGGAACCACUGCGUCGAGGAAGGCCACGAAAACUUGAUCCAAGUGCUGUUCUCGAAAAUGCUUACAAUGCCAUUGCCGGAGACGCGAUCACCAAUGCCGCCGAUCUCUGCUUGCAGCUUGAGCUUGCGCACGCGUCGGUGCAGACGGUACAACGGAGAUUGAGAGAAAUAAUGAGUACGGAGCAUCGUGCCGAGUUACUGAAAAACUUGAUUGUGCGUCUCCACGAAGAAGAUGGAUGGACAUUCCGAAGAAUUGCUGCCCACUUAAACAUGUCAAAAAGC